ACAAUUUUUUUUACGAGUUUCAUAUUGCGUGUAUCGAUUACACACGUGAAAAUUUACUGUUGGUUUACACUCAUGGCACAUAGAACAAAAAAAAAAGAGAAAAUAAAAAAAAAUAGUUGGACAAUAACUCGUAGGACUUUUCCUCGUUUAGUUAUCAGCUUUUCAACGGAAGGAAACUACACUCGAAGCAUCAUUUGAAAGCAAUGUCCAAUGACCGUCAUCGUGUGGUGGUUUAAUGCGUACAAUGGGGAGUUGGAAACGUGAAACGGAUUGAUGGCUAAAUUGAAAAAAACAAACAAAAAUGCUCAUGAGAAACGCCUCCUGAAAAUUCAAUCAUUUUCGAGUUCGUAAAACAAUGUGUGCUGGAAGCUCUGAUACUAUCCGUGUUGAAACCUAUGUGACGGGCACGUGACGUGAGUUUGAAAAUCCACGGAAUGCCAGUCGUGGACCUGUGGAUCUUCUCGAAUUUCCGGUGAUUCUUCGUUCUCAUUUUUUUUUUUUUUUUGUUGGUGCAUUUUUGUGUGUGUGUCUUCUGUUCUCGUCAAACCGUAAUGAAUAGUGAGCACAUCAAAAGGAAAGGAAACGUGUAAUGUUAAACAUGUUACGUCAAAUUUUAAUCUCUAUUAUUCAUUAAUAUUUAAAAUUUUUUCUUGCGAAAAAGUAAAAUAAAAGGCAUAUUCUACAUUUUUAUUGAAAAAAAAUGAGAAAAAAGUGGAAUAAAUAAAGAAAAAGGGGAAUAAUUUUUUUUUCGGGUUUGAAAGUAUGAGUAAAUUAUGGAAAAAAAUGACUUAGUUGAAAUUAAUAUUAAAGGAGGAUAGAGAAAGGAAAAAAAAAUGUGUUGUACCGGAGGAACUGGUGGGACGAGGAUGACAAGAUGUGGAGUUUUUUGUGGUCUUGCUGCAUUAGCAGCGUUAACCACUGCACUUUUGGGACCAUCAUGGCUCCACACUGAGGAACGAUAUUCACUGCCACAAAUGCCAAGAAAUAUCGCUAAUCUCGUCUCUGUCAAAUUUAAACUCGGACUCUUCAAAGUAUGUCCGAAAAUUAUCAAGCCUUCAAAUGUUACAUUUCGUUUACCCACACUGAGCUGUAGACAAGUGAAGUACAAUAAUCUCGAUGACAUAAAAUCCGAGGAUUUAGGAUUAUCGCAACUUGAUUUCACUCCAAUUGUCGUCACGAAAAUGAGAAUAUCAGCGCCAUUUGAAGUAGCAGCGGCAGUCCUGAUAUUUGCCGGCACGAUAUCGGCAAUGAUCGGUCAUUGUUGCUCGGAUCACAGGACCCUUGUGGCUUGCGGCUUAUUUCUCCUUGGCGGUCUAUCGCUGGGAGGAGGUUUGAUAGUUCUAGCAUCUGCCUUAUCGGACGCAUCAUUGGAAUUGCCUAGGAAAUACUCAUUCUCAACAGGUAGGAGUCAUUCGGAUGAUAAUGGACUACCUCAGUAUCACUACGGUUGGUGCCUUCAAUUGUCCGGACUUGCCUUGAUCUUGUCUGAGCUCGCUGCCCUCUUAACUGUCUCCGGUUACAUGGCUCGAUUUCCAACAGUCGAAGACAUGGUAAGAGUAAUGGUUCCCGGUGCAGAAAGGAAGUUGAGGGAGCAACGUGGCCUCAGUUCAGAGUACCUCGUCAGAACCCAUCAGAAAUCACCCGGUCCACCACAGAGUCGAGGGUUUACUCAACCUGAGAAAGUUACACAAAAAGUGGCGGAGGAAGGAACUUCUUUAUUGUGUAAAUCAGCGCCCGAUAUAUGUUCCUCGAAUCCACAGUCGAUAAGUUAUGUGGAUAAAGCAGAAAUACCGCACAUGUUGCCUACUUAUCCGGAGGGUAAAAUUCCCGAUCCACGUUUCACUUUUGUUGAUAAGGCAGAUCAGAGUGUUGUUGAUUCACGAUUAAGUGGAUUUGCUGAUAAGGAGGGUCUCAUGGAUUCACGCAUUCUUUCCGAAUCGAGACAGAAUAUUAUAACAUUCAGUGAGAGUAAGGAGCAUCCCAGUGGACAGGAGCCGAGAUAUGGAGAAUUUGCCUGUAGAGUUGAACAGGCGACGACAAUAGAUCCUAGAGUAACAUUUAGCGAUAAGGACAGUUAUCAAAUUUAUACCGACAAUGCAGAAUCCCUACUCGACACAUCGUUUGGUUAUGACACCAGAUACAACAGCCUCGCUGGCCAAACAGUGCCCAUAACAUUGAAGCAUCCAGCGCCCUCAGUUUCUGCAAUACAACCACAAUACAUCUAUCAAAAUUUUGGUACAAUUCAUUCAGGAAUGUUGAGAGUAUCAGAACCGGGAACAAGUUCCAGUUCAAAUUCAAGUUUACGUAGUAUGACACUGCAAAAUCCAAAAAGAAAAUCGCAAAUUGCACAAAAUACAUUUAGCACAAUGGAAUGUGAAAAGAGAAAAAGAGGUCCGGGAAUUGGUUUUUAUAGUGGAAGUGCUGUAUGACCACCACCUCCUCCUCCAACUCCAAGGUAACUCCAGGAAGAUGAGUCUUCACUCUAGUUGACAUUAAUAUAAAUGAAAGAAAAAACUAGAUUUUUGGAAGUUGAGGAGGACAUUUUUUCAUUUACAGUUCAAUGUAACUUGUCAAAUUUCAAAAAAGUGAUUCAAGAGCAUGAUCAAAAUGAAAAAAAAAUUUUGAUAAAAAUGACUAUUUGUGAAGAGACGAUUUUUUUUUAAAUAUUUACAUUUGUUCUGUAAUAUAUAAAAAGAAGAAAUAAAUCGUGAAAAUUCGUGAUUAAGAAAAAGUGGUUGUAUAUGUAAAUAUUAACUCACAGGAAAUGACAGAUUAUAUAUAAAUAUAUAUAUAUAUAGAAAAAAAUCAAAAUGAAAAUAAUUGUCUCUCUCGUCCGAGAAAGCUUUGCCUGUUUUAAUACUCAAUUGUUGUUUAUAAAAAUAAGGUACAAUCGAAAAAAUGAAUCAGUGAAAAUUUUCACACUAAUUUCCAAAUCAGUGGCUCAACUUUUUACGAUUUAGAAUUAAAUUACAAUACUCAGUUACAUUAAAUUUGAAUUUUUGAAUAUUUUAAU